AUGGCAUUAGCAACACUCGCUUUGUUGCCAGCGAUCUCACAAAUCAUAUAUGACAAACCAAACAAUAUCCUCGAUAGGGUCUCGAUUGGACUUGCGAGGCAAUCUGGUAAUUGCACGGUGAUCGUCUCGAACACAGAAAAGGAUAUUGUAACAAAGAAGCAAAUUGAGGCAGGUUUCAAUAGCAUCCUCGAUCAAUGUCAAAACCAUGCGGGUCAAAAUCCGCUAUUCAAAAUGGUCUAUGUUGAAGUUCAAAACCGUCAAGCACGCCAUGAUACCAAUUUUUUCCCUCCUCGAGUCUUGACCUGUGGUCUCAACCGUAACGCACCGUUGACAGCCGACAAAGAUUGUCAGACCCUGUUCGAUAGUAUCCCGGUUGAUAAACAGGGCCGCUUGUCCUCCACAUUCAAGACUUUCAAAACAUGCACGAUACUUCUCUACACAACCGAUGACUCACCACUAAUUGCUAAGAAGAGCGAUAUUGCUCCAGUGGUUUCGGAUAUGAUCAAAGGCUGUAAAGGAAAGUCGGGCGUCAUAAGUUUAACCAAGGGAGCAAGCGGUAAUAAUGGCCUUGCUGUGGUAAAACUUAGGAGUAGCAAACUCUGUGGUGAUGGAUCUGAUUCUCUACAAGUUUGUUUAUAA